AUGGCGAUUCAAGCAGUAGCUCAUGCAUUGAAUGAGAUUAUGAUGCAUAGUGAAGAUAUUGAAAGUCCAUUAACCCAACGACCAAUUACUAUGAAAGGUUAUAUACGUCAUGUAUUGAAUGAAGAUCCAGAGCAUUUCCAAGAAAGUAAAAAUUUUAACAAAGUUUUAAAGGCCUUGAACACAAUAACAUCGAAGAUGCUAGCCAAAACUGGAUCCUCGGUACCAGCUAAAAUUAGGGAAAAUACAGGGUUUUACCCAUACUUUAAGGAUUGUAUCAGAGCUAUUGACGGCACACAUAUUCCAGAAAUGGUAACGGGACGCGACAUAAGCAGCUAUUGUAAUCGUCACGGUACAAUAUCACAAAAUGUAUUAGCAGCUUGUAACUUUGAUUUUGAAUUCAUAUAUGUCCUUAGUGGGUGGGAGGGCUCAACUCACGAUUCAAGAGUACUACAAGAUGCUUUAACAAGGAGGAAUGGAUUUAAAGUGCCACAAGGUCUUGCACCUGCAAAUGAAGUUGAGUUGUUCAAUCUUCGUCGUUCGUCCUUGAGGAAUGUCAUUGAGAGGUGUAGAUUUGACGAAUUUCCUAUUGAAUUGGAGAACGAAUCUUCUUCAUCUUCAUCAUUACCGGUUAAUGAAGGGGAUCUUAAACUUGUUUUCCAAACACAAGAACAGCAACGACAGAAUGCUAAUGAAUGGAAAGUUGGUAUAGCUUUGGAUAUGUGGAGAGAUGUUGGGCACAAUGACAACAAUGAGAAUCAAAGAUAA